CUGACUCCAUGCAUCUAGUGCUGAUCUUAUUAAUGCAUGAUGUGAUUCAUUAGAUCUUAGAUUAAUUAGAUAUUAGAAUUCGAAGCAUAGGGUGACAUUUUUUAUUAUUGUUUUUUUUUUUUUCUUUUCGUUUGCAUUUCAUCUUCAGACAACUUUAGUGUCUACAGAUAUAAUUCUCAGUCAGGAUGCUCUUCCCCAUCUCCCACCCAGCCAAUUCACAUGUUGUCGUCACAGACAUUUCCCCCACCCAACAGCUGGUGUCCUUCCGAGAGGAGAAAAAAUAGUCCCUGUGUGAGUCUAUCCAACGAUAAUGUUGUCAAAUGUAAAGGAUAAAUCAUUUAAAAAAUAUAUAUAUAUAUAUAAAGAAGACGUUACCAGAGUAAAGACGUGUUGAGUCUAAACACUAUGUUUGCAGAAUUGCAGAAAGUAGUCUUUAACGAGUGUGUGCUGAUUUGGCGGGAAACUGGGCGGAUGGAUACACGAAACUGGGGAAGCGGUUGAGUCGCGAGCGCAGUCAGACUUAUUCGUGUUACGAUGACAAGCAGUGAUCAGACGGAUUACUGACUCAGAGUGUGCGCGUGCGUGCGUGCGUGUGUGUGAGAGAGAGAGAGCGAGCGAGCGCGAGAGCGAGCGAGUGUGUGUGUGUGUGUGUGUGUGUGUGUGUUGUGUCUGCGCUUACUGAUUACUACCCGCUCUGGAUCAGAAGACUGGAUUUAUACAUGCUGCUUGGGAGCACUACACAGUGUUGGAUUAUACUGUUUUUGGGGUUGUUGUUGUUGUUUUUUUGCACGAUUUCUUCGCGUCAUCUCCCGAACAGUUCUGAAGCUGAUUGUUAAUACAUGCUAUCAUGCCAAUGAGCAGUGGCCUGGCGUGGAAGAACUACGAUUAUGACUACGACUCGGUGCAGCCGUACUUCUACUUCGACAACGAUGAGGAGGACUUUUACAAGCAGCUGCAGCAGGGUCAGGCGCCCAGCGAGGACAUCUGGAAGAAGUUCGAGCUCUUGCCCACGCCGCCGCUUUCCCCGAGCCGGCGGCCCUCCACAGCUGAGCAGCUGGAGAUAGUGAGCGAGUUCCUCGGCGACGACGCGGUCAACCAGAGCUUCAUCUGCGACUCGGAUUCCUCGCAGACUUUCCUCAAGUCCAUCAUCAUCCAGGACUGCAUGUGGAGCGGCUUUUCUGCUGUCGCCAAGCUCGAGAAGGUGGUGUCCGAGAGGCUCGCGACGCUGCACGCGGCGCGGAAAAGCUUAUCCACGUCUUCCAGUGGUGAUGCAGCGGACAGCAGCGGGGUCUACUUGCACGAUCUUAGCGCGUCGGAGUGUAUCGAUCCUUCCAUGGUUUUCCCUUAUGCGCUUACGGAAUCGCCCAAGUGCGCAAAAUUGACAGCGCCUGCGGAUCACGCGCCGCCUGUAGACACGCCACCCAACAGCGGCUGCAGCAGCGAUUCAGAUGAUGAAGAAGAGGAAGACGAGGAAGAUGAGGAAGACGAUGAGGAGGAGAUUGAUGUGGUGACAGUGGAGAAGCGUCAGAGGAGGAGCGAGGCCGAAGUGACCGAAUCCAGGCAGCUCAGUCCGCUAGUGCUGAAGCGCUGCCACGUCUCCACACAGCAGCACAAUUACGCCGCCCAGCCUUCCACACGGCAUGAGCAUCCAGUCAGCAAGCGCCCACGCCUUGAAACCUCCUUCGCAGGCCACGGUACCAUCCGACACAGCAAGCCAAGGAAGUGCACAAGUCCACGCACGUCAGACUCGGAGGACAACGACAAGCGGAAGACGCACAAUGUGCUGGAGCGUCAGCGGCGCAACGAACUCAAGCUAAGCUUUUUCGCCCUACGUGACGAGAUCCCCGAGGUAGCCAACAAUGAAAAGGCAGCCAAGGUGAUGAUCCUGAAAAAAGCAGCAGAGUGCAUCCACAGCAUGCAGGCAGAUGAACGAAGGCUGCUGUCCAUGAAAGAACAGCUGAGGAGAAAGAGCGAACUAUUAAAACACAGACUACAGCAGUUACGGAGGUCCCAGCUAUAAAAAAAAAAAAAAAAAGCAGGACAGCUAUAGAGAGACUUUUAACAAAACCAAGCAAACAGACUUUUAAGAACCGUUUCUCCUCAUUUUUUAUGCAAGUUGCGCAUAUUGUGAUUUUUUGUUUGUUUGUUUUCUUUUGAAUAUUGUCAGAUUUUUUUUGUCUAUGUUUAAAACCGCCACAAGCGGUGGUCGAUUAAAAUAAUUUGUAUUUAAGUCAUUUAUUUUUAUUAAUAAAACAAGAAAACACAGGGAGUUGUGUCCCUAACAAAAUAAUUUGUAUUUUUGUUUUUGUAUAUACUGAAUUCAUAUUUCAUAAAAAAAGUGUAUUUUUUGAUCUUUAUUGUCUGAGUGUUCUUCAGACAGUAUUUUGUUUUGCUGUAUGUUCAAACAAUUCUGAACCAUAAAUGCAUUUUUCUGAAAACACUGUGUUCUGGAUUUUUAACUAUUUAAAUGAAAUAUAAACGGUGUGCACAUCACUCUUCAGCAGUGCCUUAAAUGUAUGUUUCUCUGCAGGAACACAGCAGUGACACAAUUAUUUUUAAACCAAAAAGGUGAAAUAUAAUUGAUAACAGGUUUGUAGUUCAUGAUCCGUCUUUCGCACACUCAUACAUAAGUCUACGCACAGAACUCGAGAGCAGCUAAUAACAAUGAAGUACAGUAUGUACCUGUAGAGCGGUCUGAGCAAUGA